CGGCGCGUCACUUAUGUCAACAUGGCAAAGUAUUUUAUUUUCCAAGUGUUUCUAUUUUCUAUCAAAAUGGUCAGUUCUUCGACAACAAAUAAUGAAAAUACGAUGUUCAAUGGUAAAACCAAGAUGGACAUAGAUCACAUCUCAAACCAGGAUGCGAGACAGAGACAACACCUAAACCUACCAUUUGAAAGCUUUAUAAAAAGAUUUCAUGUCAAGAAAAAAAAGUUAGGAGAUAAACUUCUCGAUAUAGGUCAUCAAGGGUAUGAACUGAAUUACCUAUUGAAAAAAUACGAAACAAAUAUGUUGAUUAAAAACACAUUAACCAUUCCAACUGAUGUUCACAGAAAUGGUGCUAGGACUACAAAUUUACAUCAAAAAGACAUGACCAACCACGGAAGAUACUACAAUACAGUUAGAAAACAGAGAAAUCCUAUAUUACAUGCAAUAGCAAAAAUUCCACGUAGACGAUUGAAGCGGAAAAGCAAUAACAACAAUAAAAAGUUGACAGAUACAUUACUUAAAACUCCAAGCGUAGAAUCUCAAAAUGGUUCAACUCCACAGUUAUCAAUACAAGUGCCAUCUCCACAGUUUAAUAAUUCUGAGAACUUAGUGAAAGUGGGUAAGAUAAAAAAAGAAGGGGAAUCCUCUCCGAAAAUCCCCAACAAUAAAACAUCUGCUGAUACAGAUGUGAACGCAGCUGCUGUUACAGUUCAACCACCUCUUAUGCAACCUACUCCAUCUACUAUAACACCUGCGCAGACUCAAACUACUUUACACAUAGAGACAGAAACCUUACUUAAGGAACCAAAACAACAAAAGGGAUUAAAGAAGCAAAACCUUAAACUUCCACUAAAAGAGACUACAACACAGGCAAUAACAAAUCAAAGGCCGCCCUUAUUAAACAAAGGAUCUCUAAUUAAUGAAGCCAUAUCAGAUAAAGAACCAAUGAAUAAGGAGCCUGAACAGAAAAACCCAAUUGACUCAGCAACUAAAAAGCCAGUACUUUUAAUGUAUAAAACUUCCACACAAUUGUUGCCAUCUUUAGAUAUACCACCAAGUUCAACAGUUAAAUCUACAAUAUCUACAGCUGUUACUGGCGUUAAAGAAGAAGCCACAUUCCACAAUAAAGGUCAGGGAGACCAAUCAAUAAAGAAACCCAAUAAUAUAUCGGAUAAAAUUAUCCCUGCUCAAUAUAUACAGCCUGUGACUGUAAGUAAUGAUCUGAAAAAAGAAACUACAUUAGAUGCUGGGCAGAAAAUUCCUGUCAAAACAACAACUCCAUCCGUUGAUGGAAAGAAGAACUAUAAUCCUACUGCUGCAGAUUUGGAAAUGAAGGCUCAUAAAGUUGGUGGCCAUCUUAUAAGCUCUGGUAUCCAUAACAACAGGAGUAGCAAAGCAUUAGACGUGCCGGGUGAUUUAAUAAAGGGAUCCAAAGACAGCGUCUGGGCCCUGGGUAUGCUUGUUCUUGUAUUAGGGGUGCUUACAACUGCAGUAUAUUGGUCAAAGAUGUGGAAACGUAAGAAUAUUGGAUGGUUUUAUGAGCCAGUAAAACAAGAAGAGGAUCUAGUGGACAUAAGAGAUAUUUUAAAGAGUAAAGAGCCAUACCUUCCAAAGAGGAAGAAUCGAAAAGUCAGAAAGAAGAAGAAUCAAUACGUUCCAUUGAAACUAUUACAUUCCAUCAAUGACGAUGAUUCCGAAGAGGAAGAACUCUUCAUACAAGAAGUGUGAUAUUCGCAAUAUUAUCGGUAUGAUAAAGUGUCUACUGACCUCAAGAAUGA